UUCCCGACGGAUAUGAAGACCCUGGUCAUCGCUGUUGCCUUCGUGGCGUAUGUCGCUGUCAGUGUCAGCGGUGAUCCUGAAGCUGAUGCUGAGCCCAGCCGCUAUGGAGGCGGCUUUGGAGGCCAUGGGCUCGUGUCCUACAGACCCGUGUAUAGCAGCUACGGAUACGGACGCUGGAAGAGAAGUGCUGAGCCUGUAGCUGAGGCCGAGGCUGAGCCCGAAGCUGAUCCUUCCCGCUUUGGACACGGGUAUGGCAGCUAUGGGCACGUGUCUUUCAGGCCCGUGUACAGCAGCUACGGAUACGGACGCUGGAAGAGAAGUGCUGAGCCUGUAGCUGAGGCCGAGGCUGAGCCCGAAGCUGAUCCUUCCCGCUUCGGACACGGGUAUGGCAGCUAUGGGCACGUGUCUUUCAGGCCCGUGUACAGCAGCUACGGAUACGGACGCUGGAAGAGAAGUGCUGAGCCUGUAGCUGAGGCCGGGGCUGAGCCCGAAGCUGAUCCUUCCCGCUUCGGAUACGGGUAUGGCAGCUAUGGGCACGUGUCCUACAGGCCCGUGUACAGCAGCUACGGUUAUGGACGCUGGAAGAGGAGUGCUGAGGCUGAGCCUGUAGCUGAGGCUGAGCCCGAGGCUGAUCCUUCCCGCUUCGGAUAUGGGUAUGGCGGCUAUGGACACGUGUCCUUCAGGCCCGUGUACAGCAGCUACGGUUACGGACGCUGGAAGAGGAGUGCUGAGGCUGAGCCCGGAUUCAGCUUCGGUCGCGGCUUCGGAGGUCACGGUCGCUUCGGAGGCUACAGGGGCUAUGGAGGCUACGGCGGGAGCUUUGGAGGACAUGGUCGUUUCCAUGGCUGAAGAAUUUUGGUUCGAGAAAGAUGAAUUAAACUGAGCAAUUUCA